CGGUUAGUUCCGCUUCCGGCGGCACCAGAUAAGUCGCGAGAGGAAGCUUAAAUCCUGUCGCUUGCCUUUAGGACCACUUCGGUUCAUUAUGGUACGUAGUGGAAAAAACGGUGAACUUCAUCUUAAACAAAUUGCAUAUUAUAAACGAACUGGUGAAUAUCAUCCAACUACACUGCCGAGUGAGAGAAGUGGAAUAAGAAGAGCGGCAAAAAAAUUUGUCUUCAAAGAUAAGAAGUUGUUUUAUGUUGGAAAAGACAGAAAACAAAAUCGUUUGGUUAUUAUUUCAGAAGAAGAAAAAAAGAAAGUCCUAAGAGAAUGCCAUGAAAACAACACUGGAGCCCAUCAUGGCAUAUCCAGAACUCUCACUCUAGUGGAAUCCAAUUACUACUGGACUUCGGUGACCAAUGAUGUCAAACAGUGGGUAUAUGCUUGUCAUCAUUGUCAAGUGGCAAAAAAUACAGUUAUUCUAGCACCUAAGCAGCACCUCAAAGUGGAAAAUCCAUGGAGUAUAGUUACUGUUGAUCUAAUGGGUCCAUUUCAUAUAAGCAACAGACGUCAUGUAUAUACUAUAAUCAUGACAGAUUUGUUCACAAAAUGGGUUGUGAUUUUGCCUCUGUGUGAUGUUUCAGCAUCAGAAGUUUCUAAAGCUAUUAUCAAUAUAUUUUUCUUAUAUGGACCGCCUCAGAAAAUAAUAAUGGACCAAAGAGAUGAGUUCAUUCAUCAGAUCAAUGUUGAACUGUAUGGAAUGUUUGGAAUGAAGCAAAUUGUAAUUUCUCAUGCCUCUCAAGCUGUUAACCAGACUGAAGGUAUACCCAAAACCAUCAAAACAUUUCUUUCCAAACACUGUGCUGACUACCCACACAACUGGGAUGAUCACCUAUCAGCUGUUUCAUUUGCCUUCAAUGUAACUCACUUGGAGCCUACUAAAAAUAUGCCAUACUUUCAAAUGUUUAAUCGAAAUCCUUAUAUGCCUGAGACUUCAGAUGUUCUCCAUGAAGUGGAUGGUGAUGAUACAAGUAUGUUUGCCAAAAUUCUAAGUGCAAUUAAAGAAGCUGAUAAAAUAAUGGAGAACAAGACAACUUCAGUGAGCCAGAUGGAGAAUAACACUGUUGAUGAAACACAUAAAGACAAAAUCAUUGUUAAAAAGAAACCAAAGCAGUUAAAUCCAUUUCAUCUAAAAGUGGGUCAUGAAGUUUUAAGGCAAAGGAAAAACUGGUGGAAGGAUGGUCGUUUCCAGUCGGAAUGGGUUGGUCCUUGUGUCAUAGACUAUAUUACAGAAAGUGGAUGUGCUGUUCUGAGAGACAACACUGGGACUAGGCUUAAGAGACCUAUCAAAAUGUCUCACCUUAAGCCCUAUGUAAGAGAAUCCAGUGAACAAGACAGUCUUUAUCUCUUACAAAGUUCAGUAGUGGCAGAUCAUGACUACAUUGGACUGCCUGAAAUUACAGUUGGAGCAUACCAAGCCAGUAUUCUGGUAGAAGACGCAACUAUUGGUGUAGCCGAUAAUGAACUGUUGACAUCAAGCAAGGAUGGUGAACUAUUAGAAUAUAGAAAUACUAAAAUCUCUCCGCUAAUAGAAGAUAAUAGUAAUCUUGAAAAGCAGACAUUCAGUUUGUUGGACUCCUCAAGCCAAGUCCUUGAGUACUUAAGUUAGUAAAUGCCAAAAUUUAUUUAUAGUGCUUGUUGAGAAUAUAUAACUCCUUGAAACUUGAUAUUUUUUCCAUUGAAAAGCUUGUAUAGAAGUGUCUGGACACACUCUUAAUAACUAAAUUCUGAACAUUUAUUUUAUAACUAUUUAUUGAUCUAAAGCUGUACCUUUUGGAUGUUAGUGCAUAUAUAUAUAAGGGCAAAGAAAGCAAAUAAUAUUUAAAAUUCACUUUUUCUAAAACAACAAUCAGGCAAUGCUUGUUUCUUAGGAAGUGAAGUAAAUUUCAGCUCAAAACUUUCAGAUCUGUUGAUAUGGUACCAUGUUUCCACUUUUAAUUUUUUAAAAAAUAUUUCUUUAAAAAAUAAAUUUGAAUUACCUUGAAUGGGAUUAAUAAAUAUUUAUUCAAUCAUAA